AGGGAGUUCGGGCGGCCGGGACGCAUUGCCAGGGCUGUCCGCGCGGCUUGAGGGAGGAGAAGGACCGCCGCCCCAGCCUCGCCGCCGCCGCCGCAUCCUCAGCAACCCCCCGGGGCGGCACCAUGCCCAGGUCUUUCCUGGUGAAGAGCAAGAAGGCGCACAGCUACCACCAGCCCCGGGCCCCCGACGGGGAGUACAGCCUCAGCCUGGAGACCGUUCUGGCCCAGAUCUGUGCAGACACUAAGGUUACAGGGGAGCUGAAUAUGGGGCUCCCCCAACCGGAGCCCGCGCAACAGGGCCGCUUCUCGCCGGAUUCGCAGCUGCCAGAUGGGACAGACGCGGCCUCCGAUUCGGCUCCCAGCUGCGAAGGGAGUGUGUGCGACAGAGGCCCGGAGCUGGAGGAUUUCUGGAGACCGCCGUCUCCGUCAGCCUCGCCAGCCUCUGAGCGGUCCGUCUGUCCAUCCUUAGAUGAGGGUUCCCCUUUCUCGGUGCCCUUGAAACCUUAUGCAUGGAGCAGCCUUGGAGGUUCUGAGCUGAGGCACUUGGUGCAGAGCUACAGGCCUUGCCCAGCUCUGGAGCGAAGCUCGUCCCUUAGUCUCUUCUGCGAGAGGGGCUCUGAGCCUCCGCUCUACGGAUCCGAGCGUAGCACAGCCCUGGGACUCUAUGGUGACUUCGGUUCCCCUGGGCUCUUUGAACGGCCACCAGCAGCUCCUGGGAUCUACGUGGAAGCCCCACCCAGGCUCCAGCAGGAGAAGAGUGCCGGCAGCAUCAAACUGGAGUCAGAGCUCCUCUGUCGCCCCCUGUUGCUGAGCACGGGCUCCUACAAGUGUGUCAAGUGCAGCAAGGUCUUCUCCACCCCACACGGCCUGGAGGUGCAUGUCCGUCGUUCGCACAGUGGCACCAGGCCCUUUGCUUGUGAAAUGUGUGGCAAGACCUUUGGCCACGCUGUUAGCUUGGAGCAACAUAAAGCUGUCCACUCACAGGAACGCAGCUUUGACUGUAAGAUCUGUGGUAAGAGCUUCAAGAGAUCGUCCACCUUGUCUACUCACCUCCUGAUUCACUCAGAUACCCGGCCUUAUCCAUGCCAGUACUGUGGGAAAAGAUUCCACCAGAAAUCCGACAUGAAGAAGCACACAUUCAUCCACACAGGUGAGAAGCCCCACAAGUGCCAGGUGUGCGGCAAAGCUUUCAGCCAGAGCUCCAACCUUAUCACCCACAGUCGGAAGCACACUGGCUUCAAGCCCUUUGGCUGCGAUCUGUGUGGCAAAGGCUUCCAGAGAAAGGUGGAUUUGCGGAGGCACCGAGAGACCCAGCAUGGUCUGAAGUGAGAGCCGUGCGAAAUCUGAAGGAACGUCACAAACACUAUGUCAACAGCCUUCCUCUUCUUCGUGGUGGGCUUGCCUUUUCCUCUCCCUGCCUUUCUGGUCAGCUUCUCCAGCUCACUUCCUGCCAUAUCCGCACUAAACAGGAAGCCAGAGCGGGCUGGCCAGCAUUUUGCAGAACUUAACCCAAAUCUCUUGGGGUGAAAGUGGGAUGCCAAGGCCGAAGAAAGGUGGGGUGAUGCCUCUUUUUUCUCUGUCUUUUAAAAUUAAACACUGGAAAAAUAUCAUACCAACCCCACUAUAUUUUGAAGCCCCUAAAGGCCCUGUCUGGAUAAGCUACCUGGCUCCUUUGAACCAGAAAGCCCUUGUCUCUCCUCCUGCCCCCGUCCUGAUGACUUCCCCAGUUAGCCUUGGUUUCCUGAAAGUAGAUUUUUGAGAAAGCUGAACUACAUAAAUUUACAUGGUAAACACACUGAGUGGAGUGGCGGAAGGACAGAAUGGUGUUUUCUUUCGUACUAUUCAACAGUUUAAACUGGAUUUACUUAACCAUUUUCUUCCUGGGAACUUUUCAGAGUGAAAUGGGUAUUCAGGUCUGUUUCUGAUGUUUAAUUGCCCUGUUCUCUUUAUAAUGGUGAGACGUGAUUUUGAAACGUGCACACGACAAAGAAGGGCCCAGAGCUACUGCCAAUAGCGUCUUUCGAUCUUGCAUUUGAUCAUUCCCAUAUCACAAGGGAUCUUUUUAACUAUGGCUGCUCACUAUGUGCUGACUCCUUGCCUGAAGGGGGCUCUGGGGCUUUUCAGAGCUAUGUGGCACGGAGAAACGCACUGGGCAUCUUCUUCUCCCUCUGUAGAAUCAUCAUAAUGAGAGGAGGCGUGGGGAUGCUGCACAGGUGUGUGGCAAAGAAUUCAGCCACAGCUGACACCAUCAUAAGCACAUGGGUUUCCAGUAUGUGUGGCAGAGGAUACUGGACUUCUUCUUGACAUGCAACCGUUAAAGGGUGGAGUGAGUUGGACACUUCUCAAACUUUGCUGGGAUUUGGGGAAAAUGUCUUCAUAGUUUCCUCAGAUAUUGGUCUGGGCAAUUUCCUAGGCUCGCUCCUACCCAACAGGUUUAAGCUUCACCUUUUAGGAUUUUUGGACACUGGAUUUAACCUGAGGCAUUUUUUUCCGCUGGAAGAAAAGAGCUCCUUAACUUCUUGGGCCAAGCAUUAUAUAGAUGGAAGGAAUCCUGGUCAAAGCCUGGUCAAGUUUGCCAAACUACACACUAACUUAGCUUUGAGUGUAAGGUCCUUGAUUUUUCGAGAUUGUCAGUGCAUGUUCCCCUCUCUGGACUAGGAUCCUAGCAUGGAGUGGAGUGGUUGGUGGGCUCUAAUUCCACCUCCAUCCUACCCUGCUGGUGCAGGCCAAGUCUGGUUCAGGGCCCUUGUUCCUUCCAUUGGAAGUGGCAAGAAAAAGCCCUUGAAUGCUUUUUGGGUGCUUUCCUGGCCAUGCACAUUGCAGGCGUGGGGCUCCCCGAACUGGGUUUGGGCUGCAGCAGGGCCACCAGGUGGAUGCUUCGCCUCCUCUAAGAGCUGCACGGGUCCUGAUCUGAAUGGGGGUGAGAGGGCCAUGCUCAUGAUUUUUGGAGAGACAAUGGCCAUUCAGCCAUGCAGCUAAGAGACUGUGCAGUUUGGUCCCGAGGUGAACAUCGAUAUUCAAUGACUCCAGCAUUUUCCAUGUGCCCCAUGCUUGGUUUUGAUUUUUUUGUCAUUUAAAAAUUGCCACUCUUUACAACAGCCCCCUUCCAGCCAAGAAUUUUAGGACAAAAGGAAGUUCCCUCAAAUGAUCGGCUCUUCCAAGAGUCUCAGCCUUAUCUUUGUUGUUCCAUGUGCAUGUGUGGCCUUUACCUUCCAUUUUUGGGGAAGGAAACUGCUUAUGGGGAGCUGAAAAGGAAGAGCCAAAUGCAAAACAAGCUAUGCCUUAUUAGCUAGAAACUGAUGUGGUUCGCCCAUGAGUCAAAGAGGACAGGACUAAGGGGUCAGGGACAGAUUUUCCUUCCUAAUUGCCACUGGCAUUUUAUCAAUAGAUAAUGAGUCAGUGAGAAAUAGCCUGAUACACUGGUUUGAAUAUCUAGGUUAUUUACUCUGAAAUGGCCUCAUGCCAAGAGGACCCAGGAAUUACUCUCUGUGUGUUGUAGUAUGAAUUUGCCUUAACUAACCCUGUGCAUACCUCAUUGGGGGUGGGGGGAACAUAAUACGUUUAUACUUUAUAGGUAGGAUUGUAAAUGUCUUUGUUUAGAUUUUACAGUUUGUCUUGUGUUAUUGAUGCAUAUUUAUUGGAAUAAUGUUUUAAAUUAAUAAAGUA